UAGUAAACAAUAAUGUUGUAAUUAGUCCCUCAAAUGGAAGAGGGCCUGCAUUAUUUAAUACAGUGCAAUGUCCCUUUAAAACUUCUGACAAAAAGCCCAUAUGAUCCCUGAGCUCCAAUCACCAAUUCCUUCUGCAAAAGCAGCCUCUGCAUUUUUGUCUCUCUAAAUGCUAGCACGGCGAAAAAGACUGAGGGGAAGGAAAAACUGAAGAAAUGUGAAAAUCCAGCCUAUACUUUCGAGGCGAGCGGAAGUCCGAUGUAAAAGGAGUUAUUUGGGGACUCCACUGCGCUGCAAUAUCUUGGAUCAAAAUGCUCAUCGUGGAGAAGACUACUGACUACCCCUCCAAGGAGUUCUCACUGGCGGAGGAUGCAGCGCAGCACUUUGCCCGUUUGAUGGACAGGCUCAACGAGCAGCGCCUCUUCCAGCCGGACCUUUGCGACGUGGACCUCGUGCUGGUGCGCCAGCGCAGUACCUUCCCCGCCCACAAGGGGGUGCUGGCCGCCCAUAGCCCCUUCUUCCAGGCGCUGUUCGCGCAGGGCAAGCAGCAGAAGCAGACGCAGCAGCAGCCGACCCAGCAGCAGCAGCAGCAGCAGAGGGAGCUGCGACGCGUGGACUUGUCCCUGGACGCGCUGACCAGCCAGGGCCUCACCCAGAUCCUUAACUUCAUCUACACGUCGCGGCUGCUGGUGAGCGGCGGCACGGUGCGGGACGUGCUCAACGCCGCCACCUUGCUGCAGAUGAGCGACGUCGCGGCCUCCUGCCACGAGCUCAUCAGCAGCCAGGCGCUGGGCCUGACGCCGCCGACGAAGGCCGGUAACGCCACCGGCAUGGCCAACCGGGAGGGCCGGGGAGAGGCAGGAGCGACCGCCGGCGGUGCCGCCCAGCUGUACCGCGAGAUCAAGCAGGAGGCGGAGCUGGGGAAGAUGUACGCCCGCGAAGGGGGAAGUCCGUUCUCGGUGAGGAUGGAGGAAGGAGGUGGAGGUGGAGGUGGAGGAGGAGGAGGAGGAGGAAGGGGUCUCUGCGGGGAGCUGGAGUCCGAGGGGAUGGGGGCCUCCGACGGACACGUCUCCUUCAACCGCGACCAGAUCAUCGUGGAGGUGAAUCUCAACAACCAGACGCUGAACGUGUCCAAGGGGUCGGAGGGCAAGUCGUCCGCCGCCAACAGCGCCGUGUCCGUGCUGCUGGGCCACCGCCGCGACAACCGGCCCGACCUGGAGGACGACAACGAGGAGGACGACCACGACGAGGACGGAGCGGACGCGGGCGGAGCGGACGAGGCCGACAAGCAGAAAGAGGUGCUCCUGGCCAACAACAGCGAGGACGACGACGACGACGACAACGAGGAAGAGGACGACUACGAGGAAGAGGAGAACGACGACAACAUUCCAGGGCAGGAGGUGGGCAUGGCGGGGAGACUUCGCCGCGGCACCAGGACGGCCGCCAUCGCCGCCGCCACCGUGUCCAUGCGCCAGAGACUGAACGACGCCAUGCUCGCCGACCGACACAAGGGCCGAAAGAGUGGGAAGCAAGAACAGGAGGGAAUGGGACAGAAGGUGAGGCUGGAGGAGAAGCAGCACUACCCCUGUAAGAAGUGCCCGCGCGUGUUCAACAACCGCUGGUACCUGGAGAAGCACAUGAACGUGACGCACAACCGCAUGCAGAUCUGCACCAAGUGCGGCAAGCGCUUCCUGCUGGAGAGCGAGCUGCUGCUCCACCAUCAGACCAACUGUGAGAAGAGCAUACAGUGUGUGACGUGCGGAAAAGCCUUCAAGAAGCUCUGGUCGCUGCACGAACACAACAAGAUCGUGCAUGGCUACGCAGAGAAAAAGUUCUCCUGCGAGAUCUGUGAGAAGAAGUUCUACACCAUGGCUCACGUCCGGAAGCACAUGGUCGCCCACACCAAGGACAUGCCCUUCACGUGCGAGACCUGCGGUAAGUCCUUCAAGCGCAGCAUGUCUCUGAAGGUGCACUCCCUACAGCACUCUGGGGAGAAACCCUUCAAGUGUGAGAACUGCAGUGAGCGUUUCCAGUACAAGUACCAGCUGCGCUCCCACAUGAGCAUCCACAUCGGCCACAAGCAGUUCAUGUGCCAGUGGUGCGGCAAGGACUUCAACAUGAAGCAGUACUUCGACGAGCACAUGAAGACCCACACCGGAGAGAAGCCGUACAUCUGCGAGAUCUGCGGCAAGAGCUUCACCAGCCGGCCCAACAUGAAGCGGCACCGGCGCACGCACACCGGCGAGAAGCCGUACCCCUGCGACGUGUGCGGCCAGCGCUUCCGCUUCUCCAACAUGCUCAAGGCUCACAAGGAGAAGUGCUUCCGGGUCAGCAACCCCAUGCUCUCCGAGGGCAGCCCGCUCGGCCUGGACUCAACUGCCUCCCCUGGUGGUGACUCGGUGGAAGCGCAGCUGGCACUGCCAGCCUCGUCUGUGCCCCCGGCUGGGGGGGGCAACCCCCUCACCCUGCCCCUCCUCCACUCCAUGGCAGGGCUCUCCUCACCCCCAAACCUGCCCCCUCCACCUCCCCUCUUCUCUGCAGGAAGGAUAAACUCGACCAACAACUAACAAGCUAGUAUUGGUAGUACAGGUAGUGUAUGGAAGUCCCUUGUUUCCCCCCCCUUGGUUUACUUUUUUCUAAUGUUACCUACAGUACAUAGCCUCCAGGUUAGGUGGUCGCUCUCCAAAGAGGAGAGUCUUUGGUAACUGCAAAACUUAACAGUAUAUUUUCAGAGGAAUUCAAAAACUACUCAAGGAAGCACUGCUAUAUAUCUUCCAGGUGUUUAACUCAAAUACAUACAACAUAUUACAGAGGUUAUUUUUACUAUAUACUAACCACCUAAACUAGUCCUUAACUAUGUCUUAUAGUCUUUUCUGUGUAACCAUCCAUUGUCAUUUGCACAGCUUGUCUCCUUUUACCAACAAGCUUAUUAGCUUGUGGUCUUCCGUAGCUUUAGUUAUAAUCUUCCCAUAAGCAACCGUUUCAAAGAAAUGAAAAGUUGAUGAUUUGGUGACUUGCAGCAGUUGUGCACCUUACAGUAGGUUACCAUAGAAAGAGCCAAAGGGGUUCUUUGUGGGAUGAAUGCAGUCGGAUCGUGGUACCUGGUGUGAUAGUUUACCUCACCUCUCUCAGACGGAACGUCAUCUGCGGUAGAGACUCACCUCUCAUUUGACUGUUUUUUUGUCGCUAACGCCGCCGUUGUCUCUGUUAGUAGCUCUGUCUUUAUUGCUUCCAUUCAUGUCUGAGGACGCCGGUGGAGUCUUGAACUUUCCCUGCAGAGGAACCAUACAGGGACACGGUGACAAAAAAAAGGAACUUUGAAUGUGUCUUGAAUCGGAACUCUUACUGAAUGGCACCCAGAUAGCGCUUGCACACGGUCGGAGGCAAGUGGGAACGUUGAGCAGGAAGGGGUCUCAACAAUCACCUUCCGUAUCAUUUUGAAAAUCAAGUAGCAGUGUGUGUUCUAUAGUGAUAACCAAAUUGUGAUUUGUCGGAACCUGUAUUCUGUAUACCGCAUUGCAAUAACCAAAUCCUGUCAGCUCCCCUACUUCUACUACAUACAGUAUAUAAUAUGACAUUUAUACCCUGCACCUUAUUUUUAACCUAUAGUGAUAUUUAUACUGUUCUUUAUUUGUGUUCUUUGAGAGUUGAAUGACUUAGUGUUUUUAUAAUGCGCGGUACAUUACACCGUUCUAAAGGCUUUGGAAAGGUUAUCUGAGGAACCCUGUGCAGUGCAUAGGUUAGAAUGAAAUUAUAUAUGUGUGUGUGAGAAAGUGUGAGUGUGUGGAAAUGUGAAAAGGUCUUAUGUAGGACAAGAGCUCGGCUUAAUCUGGUCAUGGGACCCUAAAUUAGCCAAUCACACAGAAGUGUUCCCCAGCUUCAUGUAGGUUGACGUAGAGAUUUCCUGUUCGCCCCAACUAUUGUUCCCCCAAUUGAACUUUGCUUAUGUUAAGCAAACUGUUUUGUUUCUACUUUGCAUCGUUGUGAAAUGGCACUUUGCUGAUAGCUUCGGCUGAUGGCUACAGAUUAUCUGUUGGAGAAGCAGAAUGAUGUGGAGGCAAUUGUUAAUUGAUUAUGAAUUAGGUUUGUAUGCUUGUUUGGGAGAUCCUAACAGAUGCAGCACUGAACAAGAGCUCUGGCAUAUGCAGGGCAGUAUGGGCAUAUGAGGUUUAGAAUAUAGAGGUUUUCAGUGUUGAUGGGGGCCAACUAUUUCUUGGUACACUUCUGGUCUGGUCUGUGGUUCGACAUAAUUCGUCAUAAAAUCAUAUUUUAUCAAAUCAAUAUUGAUUUAAACCGUUACCUGUGUAUGAUGCAGUCCGAUGUUGUAUGAAUGUAAUUAUAUUCAUGUUGUUGGACAGACAGUGCCCCCCCCCCCCCCCCCCAGAUAUGGCAAGGCAGUUCAACAAAAGGCUUACCAUUCCAUAACCUCUAAGAGAUCACGUAAAUGCUUAAUUAUUUUAUUCAAAUCUAUUUUUCAUUUAUUGUAAUGGUAUUCUUUAAAGGGUGUUGGUUGUAUUUUUAAGUAAAGCAAAUAUUUUGAUUAACUUUUUAAAAGUUUAUGAAAACGUGCAAUUUGGGCUUAUGAUGCACUUUUUACUGUUGUCACACUGAGAUUCGAAAAAAGCUCUUUUAACCAAUAAUACGGUCAAUUGCUUGUAGCAGCAAAUAUGAAUAUAUAUGAAACUACAAAGCAAUAUUCAAAAAAGUUUCUUUCUGAAUAUCAGACUAGGACAGCAGUGAUGUGGGCUCUGUAGAAGUUUCCCAUAGUGUUGUUGGUAUGACCAACCCCCCAUCCAUACCCCCAUGUUUACAAGCACUAAGAGGGGUCAGAAAGAGAUACUCCAUACUGGCUAAUGCAGAUGGAGUCCUUUGAAAGUUGUGGUUAAGCUUUUGCAUCUGUUACCAUAAGCUGUGCUUUGUUCUUUCUUACACGUACACUUAUACAGUAUGUCCCAGCUACUUAAAGAUAAACUAUGCAGGUUUGACGAUUGCUUCGCUGUUUUCUCAUUUUACGCUGGCAGACUUCUCUGCAGAGCUUCCCCAACAGCUUUAGCGUGUAUAUUUUGUAUAACACUCCUCAAUCAGCCCAAAGUUGCCACCAUUCAACCCGAGAAAGACAUGUAACCAUUCCAAUGACUCUGAAGCUGUUCAGUUAAGGUAAAUUGAGCAAAAAAAAACCCUGCAUAGUUCUCCUUUAAAGGAUGGAUGGAGGUGUAUUUAAUUAUUGGGAUGUGGCUGUCAGUGAUUACCUAAUGCUCUUUGUCAUAAAAUACAUUUGUGUUUUUGUGUGUGUUUGUUUGUUUGUUUGUUUGUUUGUUUUAUUUUUAGUGUGUUGAUUUAUGUUUGCGUCUAUUGCCAAUGUAGUCCUUAGAAGCCUGGCUUCAGGUAACGUUUUUGAAUCGCCCCUUGUAUGAAGCUGUAUAAGCUUCAGCUAUUAGGUUGUUAUGCAAUAGGACCUCACACUUAAAUGUAUACAAAUGUAAUUCACGACUGAGACAUGAUCUGCUGCUUUGUCAACCAUUUGUAUACCCACAUAUAGCACCUGUUGUCCAUUCCAGUCAGUCAGUGCUGGAUUGCUGUCCUCAAAGCUUAAUUUAAAGAAAAAAGGUUCGGAAAGUUCAUUCUAUCCACUCACAUCCAUAAUGUUUGAUGUCUGCUGGAAGUUCGGAAUUGGUUUUACUAUCCUAGAAAGAUGUGAAAACUGACCUUGCCAUGCCACACGUAGUCAGGUGUCACUGUAGAUAAUUAGCCUACAACCCUUCAGUAUUCAUAUAGCCAGUCUUGACAAUGAAGUCAACAACAGAGCCCAGCAGAGAGGAGGUCACAGCUUUAGAUCUGUAGAUCUGGUUUCACUUUAGAAGCACCUUCUGUGCACAUACUAUAAGCUUGAUGUACAGUAUAGUACCUCAGUGUGGUGUAAUGUUGCGUUGAGACUGUAGGGGGCAUGUGUCAAUUUGGUACUGAAGUCUUACCCAAUGUUGCCUUAAGUGUCCGGAAGGAGCGUGUUGUGUAUGCCCUCAUAGUGAAUGUUUUGGUGAGAGAAAAGUGAUCGGUGCUUGAUAAUCGGCCUAGAGAGAGAGAGGCGAUGGUGUUUCUACUAAACUCUGCACUUUGGUGAAGAUGAUCAUGGAGAUUAUAAUGUGGGGAAGAGGUCAAUUUGUUUAAAAUAUGGAUGAGACUGUUGCAAUAAAUGUUUAGUGCAGGAAUAAGGCCUGUAGAGAGAGAGUAUGUGGACCCUUGCCACAAAUUGUGUAAAAGAUUUAUUUUGGUUUUGUCAUUCUGUAUAUUUCUUCAAGCACCUUAUUUUCUAUGGGUUAUUAUUUGAGUGGUAUCCCAUUUUUUACACAGCCUGAUUAUGUUGGGAGCUCCUAAAACAAUUCAAAUAGGCCUAGAUCAAAUUAGUAAUAGAGAAUUAUGGAGAAAGCUGGGGGAAGUGGGAGUAUGCACUGUUGAACAAGAAUCCAAAUUUUGUUUUGAAGUUCCUCAGUUUCAUAAGAGUUGAGGAGGCCAAGAGGCAUGUCUUACUAACUCAGCAUAAAGCUUUUCAUUUUCAGAAGCACUUUAUAGAGGUUGAAAGUUUUGCAUCUUUGGAGGUUUGGCAUUAUAAAUGAAAAGACAUACAGUAGAAUAGAUCAAUGCAUCUGUUCCUCCAGAACUCCAAGGCUUGGCACCUUAUUAAGCUCCACACAAAUUAUGUCUGCAGUCUCAGUACUGAUGGUUGCUAGUCUCUAAGCAUCAUUGGUUCAGUAUUUUUCUUUUUUGUCUCAGAGCACAUGACCAAAUCGUAAUUUGAGUUUCAGUGGGAAUAUGGUUCGAACUAAGUUGAUGUCGUAACUUCUUAACCGAGGGUACAUGAGCGAACAUGUGCUAAGACGUUGAUUGUGUUUUGGAAAAAAAAACAUGUUUGUUUUGUCUGAGACAUUCAUUGAUUGUGCUUAAGGAUUAAAUGAUGUUAGUUUGUAUUAGCACACUGUAUCUUAUUUCCUCACAGAGUGAGUGAGUGUGGACUUAUAGUUCCUGAUUUGCUGCUAGUGGGUCAAGGGUCCUGGUUUUGUGGCCUUGGAUUCAAAGGUUCAUCCUUUAUAUGAAUCUUGGUGAUUUUGAAAGAUAUAAUGUACAGAAGGUCAUUCAUGUGUAUGUCGAGAUAUUUUCUUUUUUAAAAAACAAACAAACAAUGGAAGUGUAGAUUGGUUUCUUCUGUUUGUUUUCUCAAGAAAGCUAAAUCGAAUAUCCAAUAGAUGGAUAGGUGGAAUUGCACACUAAUCCUUCAGUCACAAUGUGUAGUCAUUCAUACCUGUUUGAAGGGAUGCCUGCUUAUUGCAUAGUAUCUAUGGUUACUGAUUUGAAAUCAGAAUCAGUGAUAUAAUCCAUUUUGUUUUAUCUCUUCAAAAAUCAGAAGGCUCCAAGCAUCAUAUACCGUAUUUACCUGUCAUUCUAAUGUAUUAAGCCAAUCAUGUGUGUAGCUGUCCUUAUGUUUAACUCUGUACUUUGCUAUGUAAACCCAACGUUGUUAACUUAGUUAACUCCAGUGUACAAAAACACAGUAGACAGUAGCUGUAUUGGUUAUAUGAAAGAGAAUACUAAAACAAUACCAAGACGAUAGUUUCUAGAGGUGCUAUCACAUAAUAGACUGUAUUUUAUGUCAUUUAUCGUAUUGGUUAGUGUUUACUGUCUGUAAUACAUGACAGCUAAAUAAACAGAUCAUUUCAAUAGCAGACUAAACCAUU